AUGGACACCAUAUACAUAAGGCGAGAUACCGCGGAUACUUGCACUAGUGAUAAUUCAUACAACGGGAAAUAUUGGCCUGCCAGAGUCUCGUCUGUUCUAGUGUUGUUUGUGGUUUCCGCUUUGGGAGCAUUUACGCCCUUGUUGGCGGCGUAUUCAACCGUAUUCAGAAUACCGGCAUAUGUUUUCGAUGCAAUCAAGUAUUUUGGAAGUGGUGUGAUUAUAGCCACUGGUUUCAUCCACUUGUUGGCGGAAGCAGCUGAGAAUUUAAGCAAUGACUGCUUGGGCUCCCCUUUUACCGAGUAUCCAUUUGCCGAGGGUAUUGCAUUGAUUGGUGUCUUUUUCAUCUUCACUUUUGACCUUGUGGCCCAUCAAAGGCUAGCUGUAAAAACUAAGGCACUUCAAGAGGAAAGCGAGCUUGGUCUUUCCUCGAUGGAAUUUGUAGCAUUUGGAGGUAGAUGCAAUCGGUGUCCACAAGACGAGGGGCAAGGAUCAGUCUUGUCCAUCAAACACACAGAUGGAUCAACGGAAAUCAGGGAAGCGGAGAACACGCAAGACUUGUCCAAGCUUGAGAGCAUGUACCAAAAGAUUUUGAACUGCGUGGUGCUUGAGUGUGGUAUUGUUUUACAUUCGGUAUUUGUAGGGUUGUCAGUAACCAUAGCAGGAGAUGAUUUUAUUUCCCUUUACAUUGCAAUCUGUUUCCAUCAGUUUUUUGAAGGCUUGGGUCUUGGCACAAGGUUUGCAACGACUCAGUGGCCAACGCGGAAACGGUACGUUCCGUGGGUCAUGGCACUUGCGUACAGUUUGACCACACCGAUUGCAGCCGCCAUUGGAUUGGUUGUGCGCCAAAGCUACCCCUCUGGCUCGCGAACAGCGUUGAUUACUACGGGGGUUUUUGAUGCUGCUUGUGGAGGCAUAUUAAUUUACAAUAGCAUUGCCGAGUUGAUGGCAUAUGAUUUCAUGUAUUCUGGGGAUUUUAAGAAUAAGCCAAUCAAAAAGAUUGUGAUUGCAUUUUUGUAUUUAAGCUUGGGUGCAUUUGCAAUGGCCCUAAUUGGAAAGUGGGCAUAA